AUGAAUGACCAAAGGUUUUCUAGUCUAGAAAUUAAGUUGGGCCAAAUCUGUGAUGCUCUAAAUGAGAGGGAAAAGGGUAAACUCCCCAGUCAACCUCAGCAAAAUCCGAAAGGCACAUUUCAGGCAAGUACGUCUAAUUGUAAUGAGACUGCACAUGCUGUCACCACUCUUCGUAGUGGUAAAACUGUUGAUAACAAUGUAGGCGUACCAAAGACUAGUGAUUCUGAGUCAGACUCAUCAUUGCAUACAACGCCACAGAAAACAUCCAUUGUAGACUCUGAGCAUGUUUGUAAAUCUAAAAAUUCUACUGAUAUUAAUGUUUCUUUUCCAGCUAAUGUUCAUGUUGCUCCAUUUCCUCAAAGGUUGGUGCAGCAGAAGAAAGCAAUAAAGAAGAUCCCUACUUAUGAUAAGUUCUUGAAAGAUCUGUGCACACAAAAGCGAAAGCUUAAUGUGCAUAAGCGUGCUUUUCUUGUUGAACAGUUGGGUCUUGGAGAGUUAAAACCAACACUUAUAACUCUGCAAUUGGCGGACAGAUUCGUCAAAGUGCCACCUGAUACUCAGCCUGUGCAGAACCCAAACUGUCACAUUCCUGUCAUUUUAGGACGUCCUUUCUUGGCAACGUCCAAUGCAAUCAUUAAAUGUCGUAAUGGAGUGUUGAAAUUGUCGUAUGGUAACAUGACUGUGGAGUUGAAUGUUUUUAAUGCUAGCAAACAACAUUUGGAUCUUGAUGAUGAUAAUGAUGUGCAUGGAAUCAACAUGAUUGAAAGUUUGAUUCAGGGUUCGUCGUCUAGUAGCAUGUCUGUUGACCCUUUGCAUGCUUGUUUGAAUAAUUUUAACUUGGAUAUGUUUGAUGAUGAAUACAUAAUUGAAGUGAAUUCUUUGCUUGAAUCUGCACCUCUAAUGGACACCACCAAAUGGAAAUCUAGAGUGGAGCCACUUCCACUCUAUGAAUCCAAGUCUGUCGCGUCUCUUGUUGAGCCACCAAAGCUCGAACUGAAAACAUUGCCUGACACUCUUAAAUAUGUAUUUUUGGGACCUUCUAAUACUUUGCAUGUAAUCAUUUCAUCUGCCUUAGAUACAGAAUAG